AUGCCUCAACAACGCCUCUCUUUUGCGCAAUGGUCACAACGAAGAGGGUCAUCAAUUUCUGGCGACCUUCUGGAGUUUUCCAGCCAGCAAUCGGAUGAUCUGGACGUAAGCCAAAAGUCCAAGUGCCUGUCAUCUCAACCUCGCACCGUCUCCACAACCUCCUCUACCAAGCCCAGAACAUCAUGGGUCUUCUCUCAUAUGCCAGACGAGGAGGUAGAGACGAGAUACUACAAUCAGAGGACCGGAAAGGAAGAGUGGCGCUGUAAACAUUGCGACAAAACCUAUGCCUCUUCAGGGGGUACUGCAGCUCCUGCAAAACAUCUCAUGGACCCUCCUCCUGACGGUCACGGCCUGCCAAAAGGAGCCCCGCGAACAGCGAAAGUUACAACUAUACGAACUAUUAUCGAACAAGCUCGUGUUGCGGCAGAAGAAAAUCCCCGAAAACGCCGUCGACUCAACGAUCAAUCCAGUUCCGAGCACUCUUGGCCUACAUCAAUAACGAUAUCGAGACUUGGCUUCCGGAUACGCAUGAUACCGUCAAGACAUGGAUUAUGCGCCAAUAACGACACCAUGAUGAGAUCCCUUUCGCUUGGCCUCCUACGCCGAUAUGACAUCCAAUACGAUCCCAAAGUGCACCGACUCCGCUGCCAAGGCCAUAUCAUCAACCUCGCCGCCAAAGCCUUCCUCUUCGUCACCGAUAAUGAGAAGCUCGAACUCGACGAUCCUGGUGUGCAUAAUGUGACACUAAAACAUAUUGAAGCGUGGCGGAAAAAGGGGCCUCUUGGCAAGAUUCACAACUUCGUCGUUUUCAUCCAACGAAGUGUCCAGCGCAGCCAAAAAUGGAGUUCGUGGUAUAACAUGCUGCGAGUGGCCCUGAACCUCAGAGAUGCGAUUGACGGCUAUUUCAACAAAUGGAUGGAAUUAGAUUGCGCUGGAGACGAGCUCUCUUCAGAGGACUGGAUCAUCUUGGAGAAAAUCAAGUCUUUCUUAGAGAAGCUGAAGAUGACGACCAAGGCUCUCGAGUCAUCGUUUGCAACACUCGAUAACGUCCUCUUGGCUAUGGAUUUCGUUUUGGCACAAUUCGAAGCAGGGAAGGAGGCAUAUAUUGACGAUCCGAUAAUGGCGCCCAUGUAUAACUCUGGCUGGGCCAAGUUGGACAAGUACUACCGGCUCACUGAUGAAUCGCCUGCCUACGUUGCCGCUAUCGUGCUCCACCCUUCGCAUAAAUGGCACUACAUACAGGAGAACUGGAAAAAGGAGUGGGUUGAGUCGUCAAAGGAGUUGAUGGAGACGCUGUGGAAUGACUAUAAACCCGUGGAAUCACCUCUUCCUCUCUGCGAGGUCCCGUCGACGACCACGAACGAGUUCUUGAACUGGAGGAACAAGCACCUGCAGCCGUCGCUCGUCACGGAUGAAUAUGAACGAUAUUGCAACUCUGAACGGGUUUACGGGUUCACAAGCGCCCUUGCAUGGUGGCUAGAGGAGACACAGCAGAAAAACUACCCAAACUUGACCCCUUUUCUUUCGAUAACCUUCGCUCUUCACACUUCACUGGAGCUGUUCCCAAAGAUGGCUGAACGACUGACGGCCAUGGCCCCGAUUCCGGAGGCCCGAGCGGAUCGGACGCCGGAGCCUGCUCAGUGUCGGACAAAUAUCAACUUCGCAUGGGUCAAGUUGAACAAAUACUACAGCGCCAUUGACCAGUCUCCUGUCUACUAUGCCGCAACUGUCCUCCACCCGGCGAUUCGGUGGGACUUCCUUCAUAGGGCUUAUCGAGAGAGGCCGGAUUGGAUCGGAAAAGCUCAGCAACUCAUUGACGGCCUCUGGCAGGAGUACAAGCAAUUGCCGGUCCAAUUUGAACGGGGCAACUAUGACCAGCUACGUCCAAUCAAGAGGGCCAAGGAAGUAGAAGAUUCGUUCUCUUCGUACCUGGACAGUUUCAAGUCAACGACCACAGCGCGGUUGGAGGGCAAUGAGGGUGACGAGCUCGACCGGUGGCUACAGCUCGCCGGUCCUAUUGAGAAAGACUGUGACCCAUUUUUAUAA